AAAGAUAGGCAGGGUGUGAAAGAGAUUCUGCCAACCAUGAAUCAUCUCUGAUCACACUUUUCAAGAAAAAUCAAAAUUUUUGAAUGAAAAUGGGAAGCAAUUUCAUCCAUUGAUACUCAAUCUUGUUUUCCUUCAAUUUCUUCCAUUCAUUUUUGCUUUUUGUUUUGUUUUAGAUAUUGGUAACGUUUUUGCAGAUUGUAAAAGAAAAAUAACUGUCCUUUUCUUCAUAGGUGCCCAGUCAGCCACCACCCACCACGACCAACACCACCAGAUCUUGGAGCCAUAGAUUUCUAAUAUUUAUAUACGACUAACAUAUAUAAAUAUUUAUACACAGACAAAAAUUCACUAUAUUAUCACCAACCCAACUCUCCGCUUAUUCCAUGGAGCAGAAAUAAUCCCAUUCUUUUAAAUUUCUCUUUUCCUCACCAACCCCAUUUGCCUAUUCUCUCCUACUGGUUUAAGAAAAAAAAAAAAAGUUCACUCCUUUUUCCUCUGUACAUUUUAUUCAUGGAACGUGCAAGGCGGCUUGCUAACAGGGCAAUCCUGAAACGGCUAGUUAAUGAAUCGAGGCAAUGUAGCCACCAGGGCCGCAAUGAGUCAUCAGCUCUCUUAAACUCUUCUUCUCCUGUAUUGUACAGUCCUUCUAGGUACGUUUCAUCAUUGUCAUCUUUUGCUUCUAGGAAUCCUAGAUCAGGGUUUUUCCAAGGAGGGAAAAAUGUUGCUGCUUCUGCAGCUGGUUAUUAUGGUGUUGGGUCGCAAGUUCGAUCUAUUUCUGUUGAGUCUUUGAAACCUAGUGACACCUUUCCUCGCCGCCAUAACUCAGCCACUCCAGAGGAGCAAACAAAAAUGGCUGAGGUAUGUGGGUUUGAUAAUCUUGAUUCUUUAAUUGAUGCUACUGUGCCCAAAUCUAUUAAAAUUGAUUCAAUGAAGUUCCCUAAGUUUGAUGAAGGAUUAACUGAGAGCCAAAUGGUUGAACAUAUGAAAAAAUUAGCAUCAAAGAAUAAGGUUUUCAAGUCCUAUAUAGGGAUGGGGUAUUAUAAUACACACGUUCCGCCUGUAAUUUUGAGAAAUAUAAUGGAAAAUCCAGCUUGGUAUACACAGUAUACGCCUUAUCAAGCUGAGAUUUCUCAAGGGAGAUUGGAAUCUUUGCUUAAUUACCAGACUAUGAUUACUGAUCUUACUGGAUUGCCUAUGUCAAAUGCUUCAUUGCUUGAUGAAGGAACAGCUGCUGCUGAGGCAAUGGCUAUGUGUAAUAAUAUUCUAAAAGGAAAGAAAAAGACUUUUAUUAUUGCUAAUAAUUGUCACCCUCAAACUAUUGAUAUUUGUAAGACUAGGGCAGACGGAUUUGAUAUCAAGGUAGUUACUAUGGAUCUUAAGGAGAUUAAUUACAAAUGCGGCGAUGUUUGUGGGGUUUUGGUUCAGUAUCCGGGAACUGAGGGUGAGAUUUUGGACUAUGAGGAGUUUAUUAAGAAUGCUCAUGCUAAUGGGGUUAAGGUUGUUAUGGCGACGGAUUUGUUGGCGUUGACAGUGUUGAAGCCUCCUGGUGAAUUGGGGGCAGAUAUUGUUGUUGGAUCAGCUCAGAGGUUUGGCGUUCCGAUGGGUUAUGGAGGUCCACAUGCAGCUUUCUUGGCUACCUCACAAGAGUACAAGAGGUUGAUGCCUGGAAGAAUUAUUGGUGUUAGUGUUGAUUCUUCUGGGAAGCCUGCUCUGCGUAUGGCAAUGCAAACUAGGGAGCAGCAUAUUCGCAGGGACAAGGCUACCAGCAACAUUUGCACUGCUCAAGCAUUACUUGCAAACAUGGCUGCUAUGUAUGCUGUCUACCAUGGGCCUGAAGGCCUUAAAGCCAUUGCACAAAGGGUCCAUGGUCUUGCCGGAGUCUUUGCACUUGGAUUAAAGAAACUUGGGACAGUGGAAGUCCAGGGCCUUCCCUUCUUUGACACCGUGAAAGUUAAGUCUGCUAAUGCACAUGCAAUUGCUGAUGCUGCACACAAGAGUGAUAUAAACUUGCGAAUCAUAGAUGCAAACACUAUCACUGUUUCCUUUGAUGAAACAACAACUCUAGAGGAUGUUGACCAACUUUUCAAAAUUUUUGCUGCUGGCAAGCCUGUCCCUUUUACUGCUGCAUCUCUGUCACCAGAGGUUCAAAAUGCAAUCCCUUCUGGGCUAACAAGGGAAAGCCCAUUCCUGACACACCAAAUCUUUAACAUGUAUCAUACAGAGCAUGAGUUGCUCAGGUAUAUUCAUAGGUUGCAGUCGAAGGAUCUCUCUUUGUGCCAUAGUAUGAUUCCACUGGGAUCUUGCACAAUGAAAUUGAAUGCAACUGUUGAAAUGAUGCCGGUGACAUGGCCUAACUUCACUGACAUUCACCCCUUUGCUCCUCAAGAACAGGCUCAGGGUUAUCAGGAAAUGUUCGAUGACUUGGGCAAAUUAUUGUGUACAAUCACUGGGUUUGACUCAUUCUCAUUGCAACCUAACGCCGGUGCUGCUGGAGAAUAUGCUGGGCUGAUGGUUAUUCGUGCAUAUCAUAAGUCAAGAGGAGAUCAUCAUCGCAAUGUAUGCAUCAUACCUGUUUCAGCACAUGGGACAAAUCCUGCAAGUGCUGCCAUGUGUGGAAUGAAAAUUGUUGCUGUUGGAACUGAUGCCAAGGGAAACAUUAACAUUGAAGAGCUAAGGAAGGCUGCUGAAGCCAAUAAGGACAACCUAUCAGCACUUAUGGUUACAUAUCCUUCCACUCAUGGAGUCUAUGAAGAAGGUAUUGAUGAGAUAUGUAAGAUAAUUCAUGACAAUGGAGGUCAAGUAUACAUGGAUGGAGCUAACAUGAAUGCACAGGUGGGUCUGACAAGUCCAGGUUUCAUUGGAGCUGAUGUUUGCCAUCUCAAUCUCCAUAAAACAUUUUGCAUUCCCCAUGGAGGUGGUGGUCCUGGGAUGGGUCCUAUUGGAGUGAAGAAGCACUUGGCACCAUUUCUGCCUUCACAUCCUGUGGUAUCCACUGGUGGUAUACCAGCCCCUGAAAAGACUCAACCACUGGGUACCAUUUCAGCUGCACCAUGGGGAUCUGCACUUAUCUUGCCGAUAUCUUACACUUACAUAGCAAUGAUGGGAUCUCAAGGACUAACAGAAGCUUCCAAGAUUGCCAUACUGAAUGCAAAUUACAUGGCAAAGCGUUUGGAGAAUUACUAUCCCAUUCUUUUCCGUGGUGUCAAUGGAACAGUUGCCCAUGAAUUCAUUGUGGACUUGAGAGGCUUUAAGAAUACUGCUGGAAUUGAGCCUGAGGACGUUGCCAAACGUCUCAUGGACUAUGGAUUUCAUGCACCAACAAUGUCAUGGCCAGUUCCAGGCACACUUAUGAUUGAACCCACUGAAAGUGAAAGCAAGGCAGAGUUAGACAGAUUCUGUGAUGCCCUUAUCUCCAUUAGGCAGGAAAUAGCAGAGAUUGAGAAAGGAAAUGCUGAUAUCAACAAUAAUGUCCUCAAGGGAGCUCCACAUCCUCCAUCUUUGCUCAUGGGAGAUACAUGGACAAAACCAUAUACCCGUGAAUAUGCAGCCUUCCCUGCUUCUUGGCUUCGCACAUCGAAGUUCUGGCCUACUACAGGACGUGUGGACAAUGUGUAUGGUGAUCGCAACCUCAUCUGCACCCUUCUCCCAGCAUCGCAGUAUGUGGAAGAACAGGCUGCAGCUACUGCUUAAUCUUCACAGAUGGGCUCCGUGGUGCUAUAUCUACACGAAAUGCAAAAAUCUUCUCUCUUCAUCUGUACAUAAGUUAUUCAUAUUCAUGUCUCAUUUCAGCUGGAAAGAACAUUAAUUUGUCAAUGUACUGAUAAUCAGCUGUCUUAAUGACAAUUGUUGCUUACUUGCAACAUAACUUCUGUAAUUAUAUUUGCUUUUCAUCUUUCUCCCUCUU